CGACUAUAAUUAAAAAAGAAAAUACAUACAUUUCAUAUAAAUUUAGGAUUAUUCUCGCAGUCUCGCUCAGGUGCUCAGCAACAAAACCCUCCUAUGCGGCCGUGCCCCUUCGAGUUUUCGGAGCUGCACUGUUCUCGCUUCACUCCUCCUCCGUUAUUCAGGCGUGGACCCUUGGAACCAUAUACUUCUAAGUAACUUGUGUCUUCCAAGCGGCAAAUGGCAGAAAGAGGACAUUUGCCACCAGGAUAUGGAGGACGUUCUGACCAAGCUCCAGGGAUGAUGCGUCAUGGUCCAUUUCCUGCUGCAAACCGGACUUUGGAACCCCUUCCCCCAGAGCUAGCUGUCCAGGAAACAGAAAUCGAAAGGCUUGCAGGGGACAAUCACAGACUAGCUUCUACUCAAGUAGCCUUAAGGCAUGAACUUGUUGCUUCUCAGCAGGACAUACAAAGGCUGAAAGCACAUAUAAUAAGCACCCAGACAGAGGACGAUAUCCAGGUUCGGGGUUUGUUGGAAAAAAUUGCAAAUAUGGAAGCAGAGAGAUCUUCUGGUGAAAGUAUCAAGGACAACCUGCAGCAAGCUCAUAUUGAAGCACAGGGCCUCCUAAAAACUAAUCAAGAGUUGAGCAUUCAAAUUCAGCAGGCCCACCAAGAGUUGGAAAUAGCCCAUGCUGAUACUAAAGUGCUCCCUAAAUUGUACUCCGAACUGGAGAGUAUGAAGAAAGAAUACCAGUGGUUACGGACAACAUUUUUGCACGAAAGAGAUUGGAAUACGGAGAAAGUGCAGAAAUUGAAAGUGAUGGAAAUGGAAUUGAUUAGAGUAUCAAACGAUCGAGAAGACCUGCACGCUCAGCUUGCAAAUGCUGAGAGAAGGGCAAGGGCUGGAGGAGCAUUUGAUCGUCACAUGGUCUGAGGUGAUAGUUUGCCAGCAGAAAUCAUUCAAGUAGUAGUACAUGGGUUCUCUGUUCUUGAGAGGUAUAGUUAUGGCAGCUUCAAGUUUCCUCCCUUUUAGCUUCAUCUGGGAUAUCCUUUUAUUAGGGGAUUCUGUUGAGAUGACUGUAUACUCAAAGUUUUUAUAAUCUUUAAGACUUAAACGAAACCCAGGAGACUUUUUCUCU